AUGGCCUGUGGAGGCAGGCGCCCGGCGCCCCAGGCGCCCGGCGCCCCGGGCACCCGGCGCCCCGGGCACCCGGCGCCCCAGGCGCCCGCCGCCCCGGGGCGCCCCCCGCCCAUGGCGCCCGGCGCCCCAGAGCGAGAGCACGCUGGGGACUUGGUGGAGCAGCUUCUGACCGGAGACGAUGACAUCAGCGGGGCCGUGGGCCGCUUCUUCCAAGACGCCACCAGCGGUGCCGCCACUGCCCUGGUCGCUGCUGCCUUUGGGCCGGCUCAGGAGGCGGUGCGGGAGCUUCAUGAGAUCUCUGAGUGGGCGGCCGCCAUCGCCCAGAAGGUCUGGCGUUUGGCGGCGGACCUCAAAAGCCCCCAGGCGAGUGUGUCGGCCGAGCGCUAUCUCACCCUGCUGGGCCCAGCUGCCGGCAUUUGCUUGGCCAGCGAGGUCAUCAAAGCCAAAGCAGUGGACUUCGCCCCUCGCAUGGCAACCAUCCGAGGGCUCAUCUCCUGCUUCACCCGGCCCCUGGACAAAGCCCAGCUACCAGACCUGGCAUGUGCUGCGCUCUCAGAAUGGAUCUACGAGCCGUCUGUGGAGACCCUUCCGGUUCCAGGCCUGGAGCUGGUGAAGCUGCAGCGGCCCGAGGAGCACCACGGCAUCAACCUCCAGUGGGCGCUUCUGCGGGACCAGUGGGGCAGCUGCUUCCUGGUCUUCCGGGGCUCCGAGACGGUGCUGGAUUGGACGGAGAACAGCUACAUGUCGUUGCGGCGGGUGAACGUGCCGAGCUGGCAAGGAGUGCUGCUGCUUCAUAGCGGCUUCUGGAGUACAGCAGAGGCGGAGUCCGAGUGCCUGCGCCAAGCCAUAGUGGAAGCUGCCGCCGGCGUGCCUUUUGAGGAGCUGAUCUUGUGUGGCGGCUCCAAGGGAGGCGCAAAUGCGCUGGCUGCAGCCAUACAAUGGUCGCUGCCACUCACUGGCCGAGCCUGGCUCGAUGACUUGCCGUGCCGCGAGUUGGUGGUGGUGACCUUCGGAGCGCCGAACAUCGCGGGCAGAGGCAGCGGCCAGCCGGAGACCACCCGCGCGCUGGAGGAGCUGCAGGCGGCUUUGCACAAGAGAGCGCCUCGCUCCAGAGCCUGGCGGUUUAUUGAGGAUCCGGUGCCAGCCUUGAUGAGCGCCCGAAGUCAGCAGGUCCUUGGGCAGUACUACAAAGGCGCGAGUGGCCUGGCCUUGGGUGCAAUGCGGCGCUUCAUGCCAAAUGCCUACAAGAAGGGCCACAAAUACCUGCAGGAGGCCAUGCGUGUCACUGCGACCUUCCAGGCAGUCCUUCCAGAGGCACUGCUGGAUCCUCCUCCAGAUGUGAGCCGCGGGGAAUUUGAUGCCUCAGUUCAUCCGCAGCGGAACUACACUGAGGCACGGCAAGCGCAGCGCAUGCUGGCCUUCGCCGGAGCCUCCUGGGGAAGCCGGGCCCAAGGUGCUGGACUCGCCUCUCCUGCCGGGAUCUUGGAGCCGAGUGAGGCGAGCGCGCCGCGGAGGAGCCCGAGCUCCGCUUCGCAAGGAAGAUCAGCUGCAGCUCUCUUUGCGGCCUUGGUGGCCGCAGACAGAAGGUUAAGACCUCGCCCGCGGGUUCAGCUGCGGCCCUUCCGGCGCGACUUGAGCCUGGAGGGCUAUCCGAUCCACUGUAACGGCUACUACUGGACGCUGUCAAAGUGCACUGAGGCAGUGCUCAUUUACAUUCCCAUCGCCGACGAUGUAAAGAAGGAGGAUGUGGUCUUUGACUGCCGGAACGGAGUACUUCAGGCCGGACUUGUCCCGGAGAAGGGCGGCCUGGUCAUCAACGACAAGGUCUUGUACGAGGUUGAUGUCAUCGACUCGUACUUUACCCUCGAUGACGGCGAGUAUGGCGAGCGCUGCCUUUCCAUUUGGCUGGAAAAACGGACCAAGGAGCAGCUUUGGUAUGCCUACGAUAGAUUCGAGCCCGUCAGCGAGCGCUUCUUGCUCCAGGGCGAGAAGAAAAAGGCAGAACUGAAGUUUCAGAUCACGAAGAAAUGCUUCCUCGAUAUUGAGAUCGAUGAGAAACCCAUGGGCCGCAUUGUGUUGGGCCUUUAUGGCGACACCAUGCCGCGGACAGUCGAGAACUUCAAGUGCUUGUGCACAGGGGAGAAGGGCACCAGCAAGCACACUGGCGAGCCACUGCACUACAAGGGAACCAGGAUUCACCGAGUGAUCCCUGGAUUCUGCAUCCAGGGUGGGCAAACCUUCGAGAAUGAGGAGGGCUCUGGCGGAGAGUCCAUUUACGGCCCAAUUUUCGAAGACGAGAACUUGCGCAUGAAGUUCACCGACAAGGGUCUCAUCGCAAUGGCCAACGGCGGCCCCAACACCAACGGCUCGCAGUUUUUCAUCACCACGGCCAAGGCCGAGCAUCUCAACUUCAAGUCUGUGGGAUUUGGCGAGGUGCUGGACGGCUAUGAGGUGGUGAAAGCGAUUGAGUCGAUUGGCACCAUUGAGGGCGAGCCAGAGGAGACAGCUGUGAUCGUAGACUGCGGCACCUUGGAGUUCGAGGAAGGGGAGCAGGAGAAGCUGAAAAAUAGAAGAAGACAGGGAGGCGUAGACCUUACGCUGCGCAACGAGAUGAUCGAGCGGGUGCGCGGCGCAACUGCCCAAGGGCUGUGAGCGGCUGGGCGGGGGUCGCGGCUUUUGGGAUGGGACAC